UGUGCAUUCAAAACAACAGCAAUAAUGUAAACAUUGGACACAAUUACGAGUAUUUAAUCGCAUUUAACACUCAAUUCAGUUGUGCUUUGCAUUGGGUUUGCAUCACAAGAGGCCAACAAAAAGCCCACAAAAGUGUCCAAAAAGUUUUCGCCACUUAUUAUCCACUCGUUUGACACUCAGAGCUGUUAUGAGUCUCAAGAAGUUGUGACCGAAAAGAGCGCCGAAGAAUGGAUACGAGUUUAGUGGACAACACCGACAGCGCCGGCCGUGAAGUGAUGGUCACCACUGACGCCGUCGUGGAUCACACCAUUCAGACACAGAUGGGACACGAGUUGACCGCAAACGACACGAUAGUCUUCGGCGAUGGAGGCGCUGUUAAUGGACAACAGCCACCGCUGCAGACAUCGCCACUCGAUGGCGGCGAUGGAGACCAAGAAUUGCGACCAAAUCAGCGACAAUCGAUUGCCGGCGUCGACGACAUGCCGGACCUGAUGGACAUCGACCACAACCAGUGCAUUGGCGCCCAACAUAACGAUACAGUGGUUGCCAUCGAUGCCCCCGAAACCAGUGAUAAUCACCCGAAAGAGACAAUGAAUUCAGUGACCACUAAACGCGUGAUGAGGUCUCCUGUCAAAGGGGGCGAUGAUAUGAGUGGUGGUGUCGGCGGUGGUGGUGACGGACAGGCAGUGCUGCCAACGAUGGACCGGUCGUUACGGUCGUCGCACUUACGAGAAGUACAACAACUGAAGACCGAUAUCCAGAAACUGAAGUCAGAGUUGACUCAAUUCCGGCGCCAGAAGACGAACGUACGGCUGAAGAAUAAACGACUGAAUCAACUGAAGGCCGAGAACGAGAAACUCGUGAAUGAGUUGCUGUUCUCGCAGAAGAUCAACGAAAUACUCGUCAAAUUCAAGGAGUAUUUCGAGGAGAGGUGGGCGACGAUGGGCGCCGGCGGUAUAGAUAGCGACCAACCGUUGGUUGAGUUGCGAAAUGAGUACAAAAAUACGUUGAGUGAGAGGCAAACGAUUGCGGCGUUGAAUAAAAACGUCGAUUUGAAGUACAAAUUAUACGCCAAUGAGUUCAGUAGCAAAAGUAGCGCCGGUUUUGUACAUAAGUCUACCUACGAGUCGAUUAUUGGUAAGAAAUCGAGAGGUCGUCCCCGAAAGGUCGACCCACAGAUUGACGACUUGAUUGGGAGUACGGGUGGCGACGCUAUGGUGGCCGCCAAGAGAGCUAAACAGUCGUUCAAGUGUUCAUACGAUGGCUGCGCCUACCAGUGCACCAGAAGUAAAAUGCUGAGCGAACACAUCAACAGCGCCCACACCGGCGACCGACCAUACGCCUGUCCAAUGACUGACUGUAACAAAUCAUUCGCCCGGUCCAACACACUGGACGUACACCUCAAGUCGUGCCACAGCGACCUAAGGCGCUACCGGUGCACGUGGGAGGGCUGUAACGCCGCCCUUAAGACUAAAUUAGGACUUUCUAUUCAUUUGCAGAGACAUUCGGGUGAGAAGCAGUUCCGUUGCGAAUGGCCUGGAUGUUCGUAUAGAGGAAUGACUAAACAAAGGCUCGAAAUCCAUGUAAUGAACCACACGGGCGAACGUCCCUAUAAGUGUACGUGGCCGGGCUGUGAGGCCAACUUCACGUCAUCCGAUUGUCUGCGAUCUCACCAGAAGUCUCACAGCAAUAACCGUCCGUAUAGGUGCGAUUGGCCGGGGUGCGACUCGGCGUUCAAAGCGAACCGCGCGCUCACCAUCCAUAAGGUGAUCCACACGAACGAGAAGGCUCAGCCACACGGGCGGCAAGAAGUUCGGGUUCAUAAGGUGAUCCACACGAACGAGAAGGUGUUCCGCUGCAUAUGGGAGGGCUGCGACUUCCGGUGCAACCGCUACCACAUACUGGCCACCCAUAGGCUCAGCCACACGGGCGGCAAGAAGUUCGGGUGCAGUUGGCCGGGCUGUGAGUCCAAGUUUGAUAGGCGUAACAAAUUGGAGAUGCAUUUAAUGAUACACAGGGGCGACAAACCGCACAAAUGCGAGUGGCCUGGCUGUGAGAAGCGGUUUGUCGAGAAGGGCAAUAUGCGUAAGCAUUAUAAUAGUGUUCACGCCAAGGCCUGA